AUGUUUAUGCCAAUUGAUCAAGUUAUAGAGCACUUUAAGCAGAAUAAGUUCGUCAUUGUUAUGGACGAUGCCAGCCGUGAAAACGAAGGUGAUCUCAUUUGUGCUGCGGAAAACGUCAGCACCGAACAAAUGGCUUUCCUUGUACGUCAUUCUUCUGGUUACGUGUGUGCCCCCAUGACGAAUGUCAUUGCUGAUAAAUUGGACCUUCCUCUACUGAGAACAGGCAUGAAGUUCGAAUCUAAUGAUGACGAUAGACAUGGGACUGCAUACACAAUAACUGUCGAUGUAGCCCAAGGAACGACAACAGGUAUCUCCGCUCACGACAGGUCGAUGACUUGCAGAGCUCUUGCAGACUCUGCUUCUACGCCAAAAACAUUCUUAAAACCUGGUCACAUCUGCCCACUGAGAGCCGCUGAUGGCGGUGUCUUACAAAGAAGAGGCCACACUGAGGCUGGUGUUGAUUUAUGUAAGUUAAGCGGGCUAAGCCCCGUCGCUGUUAUUGGUGAAUUGAUCAACGAUGACGAGCAAGGAACCAUGAUGAGAUUGAAGGAUUGUCAAGAAUUUGGAAAGAAAUACGGCAUUCCCUUGAUUUCCAUCGAAGAAUUGGCUCAAUAUUUGAAGAAGUAA